AUGGCUUUCUCUCGCUCCGUCAUCCCCUCCAUCUGGUUUAGUGGAGCUGUCAGACCAGUUUUUCUCAGCGUCGAGGGCUCGCAGUGCUCCCUUGUUGGUAAUCGUGGUCGAGGCUCGCUGACAAAGUGGAAGAGGCAGACGGCGGUGGGACUGGAGCUGCUGGCGGAAGCUGGAAACUACUCCGCCCUGCAGAGGAUGUUCCCGUCCCCGUACUUCUACCCGCAGAGCCUGGUGUCCAACCUGGACCCCGGAGCGGCCCUCUAUCUGUACAGAGGCCCCUCGGCGCCCCCCCCGGCCCUGCAGAGACCCCUGGUUCCGCGGAUCCUGCUGCACGGCCUGCAGGGGGGAAGCGAGCCGCCCCCUCCGCCGCCCCCUCUGCCCCCCAUGUCCGGCGUGCUUUCUCGGCCGGCUCAGCAGCGGUGA